AUGCCGUCCAUCGCCGUGCUCCGGCCAGACGGCCUCUACGGCCCAAGCUUCAGUUUUGCCCGAGCAAUAGACCCCGAUCAGCUUUCACCACAGUCUCGUACCACCUCCUCGGCAACUUCCUCUGAUUCAGACGACGAUCCGGGUCCACAUAGUCUUCCGCGAUCCAUGCAGCCGUCGCCGUCGCCGUCACAAUCGGCGUUCCCACCAUCAGCUCGCCCGGGACGCAUUGUGACCAAUCCCAACCUCAUUAUUGAGGAGAUGAGCGACGGCAGCGAUAAUGAUAAUGACAAUGUCGGUGUUCCAGUAAUCUACCCGGAUGCCAUUGAGUACGCCGAAUCGGAACGAAGCCGGUCUCGGUCCCGACGUCAUCGAGAGGUUGAUGAAAGCGUCAUGUACAACCUCGGACAACUGAACUGCAGUGACGAUUCAGACUCGACCGACAUGGAAGAGGCCGAGCACCGCGAGAUCCUGAGGCGGCAGCGAGAGGAGCGGAGACGCAAGCGGAUGACGUCGGGCAGCAUUGGCAAGCGAACCUUCAGCGAGAGCAUCGGAAGCGACUCAGACCGCGAUGACCCUAGAGACUGCAAACGGUUCUUCAGUGCGGAUGAUUUUGGGUCCUCCGGCGCACGCCGUAUCUACCGGAGAGUCGGUGACCGCCGCCGCAGCAGCGUGCAAGUCUCGGAUCCGCUGCCGCCGCCGAGGAUCGACGAGAUCGAGGAGCCAGAUUCGAGCAAUGAGGAGAUUCUCGGUGAUCACUCGAUGCGGUCUAGGGAACAUCCCCACUACGAAUGUGUUAUGGAGAUUGAUUCGCCUUGA